ACAUACUGGAUGAUCCCCUUCCCACUACUCACUUCAGCUUUAAGGUGACUGCUACAGCUUUAGUGCAUGUUUCUGUGUCUAUGUAAAGUUAGCAUACAGGUUAGAUUUGGUUCUGACCUGAUAACGAGUCAACAACACAUUACCAAACGGAUGCCGUGGAUUUCUAAGCUGUUUCUUUAAACAUCUGGUGGAAAUAUGAAUGUUCCAAAGGUCCACCUCUUACUGACAUGCAUCCUCUGUGUAUGUUCUGGAGAAAAACUCUCCCUGAAUACUAUCCAGGUGAUGUUAAACUUUGUCAAGGACAACCCGCAGCUCCUCAAAGAAUUGAACUUGGACAUGGAAUCAGACGUAGAUUUGGAGGAGUUCAAAACCAUAUUGAACAGACUCCCUGAGCACGUGAAACAACAUUUGUUGAGCAAGACCAGCUUGGAUCUUCCCUACACCUCAAAUGUUCAUUCUGAUGUUCCACAAAGACAGGAUAUCCUACAGCCCCCCAUGCCAUUAGUGCAAGGGCCCAAAGGAGAAUGUUGCUCAAACGAUGAGACGACGCUGGUGAAACGACUGUUCACUGGUUACAACAAAGUGGUUCGUCCUGUUAACCACUUCAGUGAAGCUGUAGUGGUUACUGUGGGAUUACAGUUAAUACAGCUUAUAAGUGUGGAUGAAGUUAACCAAAUUGUGACCAGUAAUGUCCGUCUCCGACAGCAAUGGGUAGACGUUAACUUACGGUGGAAUCCUGAAGACUAUGGAGGAAUCAGAAAGAUCAGAGUUCCUUCAUCUGACAUAUGGAAACCUGACCUUGUGUUAUACAACAAUGCUGAUGGUGAUUUUGCCAUCAUCCAUGAAACUAAAGUCCUGCUAGAGCACACUGGCAAGAUCAUAUGGAACCCUCCAGCCAUCUUUAAGAGUUACUGCGAGAUUGUUGUCCUUCACUUCCCAUUUGACCUACAGAACUGUACUAUGAAAUUGGGAACCUGGACAUACGAUGGCCUGCUGGUCGUAAUCAACCCGGAGAGUGAUCGACCUGACCUCAGUAACUUCAUGGAGUCAGGUGAAUGGGUGCUAAAGGACUACAGAGGGUGGAAGCACUGGGUGUACUACACUUGCUGUCCUGACACACCAUACCUGGACAUUACCUACCAUUUCCUGAUGCUGCGACUGCCCCUCUAUUUUAUCGUUAACGUCAUAAUUCCCUGCAUGCUGUUCUCUUUUCUCACGGGAUUGGUCUUCUACUUGCCUACUGACUCUGGUGAAAAGAUGACUCUCUCCAUCUCUGUCCUGCUGUCUCUGACUGUCUUCUUGCUGGUUAUUGUGGAGCUGAUCCCCUCCACUUCGAGUGCUGUUCCCCUCAUAGGGAAAUACAUGCUCUUCACAAUGGUAAUGGUCAUUGCCUCCAUCAUCAUCACUGUUAUCGUCAUCAACACACAUCAUCGCUCACCAAGUACGCACACCAUGCCGGGGUGGAUCCGUAAGGUCUUCAUUGAAACCAUUCCCAACAUGAUGUUCUUCUCAACAAUGAAGCGUCCCAGUCAGGAGAUCCGGCAGAAGAGGCUGUUCCCUACUGACAUGGACAUUUCCGACAUCUCAGGUAAUCCUACCCCGACGGCUGUCACCUAUCAGUCCCCCAUUGUUAAAAACCCUGAUGUUCGUAGCGCAAUCGAGGGGGUGAAGUACAUCGCAGAGACUAUGAAGUCAGAUGAAGAAUUUAACAAUGCAGCAGAGGAGUGGAAGUUCGUUGCCAUGGUUUUGGAUCACAUCCUGCUCUGUGUGUUCAUGGCUGUGUGCAUCAUCGGGACUCUUGCUGUCUUUGCUGGGAGACUCAUUGAGCUCAACACACUGUAGAGGCCUUCAUGAUGGAGGAGAAUGCAUUUAUCCCACUGUCCCUCACGCACAGAUAGGCAGUCAAAGGUCGAGCUAAUUUCAAAAUUCUGUUCAGGGCCUUUAAUUGUGUUGACUUUGAAUGUGCAGAUAUUUUUUACUUUUAUUGAGGAGUCUGCAGUAAAAACUCCAGGCAUCUCACAGGUAUGAUGAUACACAAAUAUCUUGAUGGGUUAUACUGGGUCACACAAAGCUGUUCUUGUUAUUAACAAUCCAGCAUUUUUCUAUUGUUUCUCUUUUAUUUCUACAGUUGGUGAUUGCUGCCCUCACAAUUGCGCAGACUGUUAUUUUACAUGUAAAAUCACGAACAGUAGUUGUUACGUUGUCAUAUUUGGCAGCUUGAUUUAAGGUUUGUGUGAUUGGUUCUCUUAAAUGUUAUUGUCAGAUGUUGUCUUGGAUUAUUUUCCCCUUAGAACUUUUAUUGAUUGGUUUUGCCAGACAUUCAGUUUGACAAUAUCUUAAGGGUUUUUUUCUACUAUACUCACAAGAUAAUAGCAAGGUUUUAUCAAGCAAAUUUUUCCAAAAUAUGUUAAAGUCAAGCGGAUCUUUAGUUACCCUAUAGCAAGUAAAAGUGGUUCAAAUAAUUAAGAUUGGUUAGUCAGCUUUGAUUCCAUUAAGUGAAAAACAAUGGAAAUACCACAGCUGCAGUAUUGGCCAAUGUGCUUUAACAAGCUAAAGACAGCUUGAUGUAUGUAUGCAGCUGCGACAGACCAUUUAUUUUAGUAUAAUGAUAUGGUUCAGUCCUGCUGUCUGUGUUAAUCAUUUGUUUGUUUUUUUGUUUUAAUUUGUAGUUUUCUAGAUGUGGAAUAAAGUGAAAAAUAACAUUUUGUUUUAGUGUUAUGAAGUUCAGACUACACUGACAAAUCACUGGAUGUUUUCAUUUCUUGUCAUGUUCAAGAAUCCAGUUUAAUUUGUUUUUGUGUUGUUUUCUUACUUGGAAGAAAGGUAUAUGGUGGUCACAAAAGGACAGCCAGGGUCAACAAUAGUCAGUGUGUCAUUACACCACCACCAGAUAUUACCUGAACUGCUGAUUUAAGGCAGGAUGUUGUUUUUGUCAAAUUCUGACCAUACUGUCUUAAUUUGCAGGAGAAAGCGAGACUUAUUUGACCACCCAAUAUUUUUCCAGUCAUCCAUUGUCUGAUUUUGAUGAGCAUGUGUGAACUGUAGCCCCAGUUUCCUGUUCUGAGCUGGCAGGAGUGGCACCUGGUGGGUUUGCUGCUGUAGCCCAUCUGGUUCAAGGUUCCAUGUGUUUUGCAUUCAAAGAUGCUCUUCUACAUUCGUUA